AUUCCAAAUAUUGAUAAUUAUAAUAAUUUUAUAUUAAUAAUAAUAUUCAUAUUCAUCAAAGAAAAUGGGUAAUGCCUCCCGUUCAGAAAAUUCAAUCACUAAAUUUCUCUUGCGUGAAGACGAAGAUGAUGAUGCCUAUGAACGUCCACAAAAUAAUAGCGCUCCAACAACAACAACAACAGCAAAUCAAAAACAACCAAUAACAAAGCCACAAAGAAGUCCCAAGGUUGGAGAUCCAUUUGUGGACUUGGGUGUAAUGUUAUCGAUAGAUAGUGUAUAUCAUGGCUAUCAAAUUUUGAACUUAAUCGGAAAGGGUAGUUAUGGUGAAGUCUAUCUUGUUAAAAAGGGAAGCAAUAAUCUUGCAUUGAAAGUGUUAGAGCUUCCAAAAACUACAGAUAGAGAAGCCGCAGAAGCUAUCGAUAGAGAAAUUAAGAUACUUAAAAACUUGAAACAUCCAAAUAUUAUGCUUUUCAUCGAGGAAUUUCCUCUCAAAGAUCAAAUGGAUAAGAGUUGUGUUGGUGUAGUAACAGAAUACUGCCAAAAAGGUACUAUUGGAGAUAUUAUUGAAAAGGAUCAACAUGUUAAUAUUAAUGUUUGGAGAGUUCUUUCGUGGUACACUCAACUUUGUAGUGCUUUGAUGUAUUGUCAUGAAGAAGGUAUUAUUCACAGAGAUAUUAAGCCAUCUAAUAUGCUUCUCGGAGAGGAUGAUACAUUGAGAUUAUGUGAUUUUGGUCUUGCCAAAAUGCUCAAUAGUAAGGGAGCUGUAACAUACACAAUUUGCGGAACACCACUCUAUGUUGCUCCAGAAAUUGCUCUUCAAAGACCAUAUGCCUACAGUUGUGAUAUUUAUAGUAUGGGCUUGUGUGUUUUUGAAUUAACUUGCCAACAACAACAUGAAGCUUUCUAUAGAGCUGUUUUGAGAGAAAGAGACAAAAUUCCUGGAAUGUUUGAACGUAUCAAACUUUCUUCAUUGAAGGAUCUUAUUAGAAAGAUGGUAGAACCAGAUCCAGAUCUUAGAAUUACUGCCAAUAAUCUUUACAAACAUCCAUAUAUGAGAUGUUAUCGUUAUUUGACUGGUAAUCCAGAUUAUUCACUUAAUUCAAACGAAGGUGCUGAUAUUUACUUUUUGUCUGCAAUAAUUGAAUCAAUUGUUUAUGAAGGAUUGCAAGCCUCAGAAUCCAAUAGAACUUUACCAGUGAUUACUAGAGCAGUCAGUUGUAUUUUAACAUUUAUUAAUGAAUCAUGCAUGAUUGAACUCCUUUCUAAGGAACAACAAAACUUGAAGGCAUUAUAUGCUCUCUAUAAUGACUCUCAUUUGAGUGCUACUGUCAAGUCAGAUAUUCUCCAAAUAUUCUUGGAUUUCAUAGACAUGUCAGAGAAAUGUAAGAAGCAUACAGCUGUUACAAUUAUUGAUAUUGCACAAAAGUGUUCUGAAUCUGAUGAAUCAAACAUUACCAAAUUCAUUUCUUUAAUUCUUGAAAAGUAUUCCUCUUUCCAAGAUACAAUCAAUAAUCAAUUAGAUCUUAGAGAAAUGCCAAAAGCCUCAAGAAUUUUGCGAAACAGAAAAUAAAUGUAAAUAUUAACGU